GGCCUCUUGGUUCAUAGGUGGACCAACGCUAACCACUGAGCACACCAGUUAGGCAAGGCUUAGCCAUUGUUUAUAUACACUAUUUGGUUAAUCACACAUUGAUUUCUUCUUUGCAAUUGGCUACAAUGAUCUGGUUGGGUUCUUGUCAAGCUCAUCCUGUUUCCAGCUGCCUGCAAAACACUGUGCUACAUUUUAACAUUUAGUGUAAGGCUUAGAGCUGCCCAGACCUUGAGACCCUUGUCCUGUCUAAUACUUGGAGCAUCUGGAGGAAGCAUUCCAAGAGAGUGACAGCGGGAGGUGAGAGUAACCCUGUAAACUCACACCUUCUGCCACGUUCUGUUGAGCGAAACAAGUCACAAGCCAGCCUGGAUCCAAGGAGAGGGGAACUGGUUUCCCUCUCUUGAUGGAGGGGCUGCAAAAUACGGUGGCCAUGAUGUUCAACCCUGCACAUCAGGGGACCUUAAGGUGGACUGUCCAGUCAGAAUUCAGGGGGGAAGUCAUCUUUAUUUCCAUGAACUUCUCACCAGAAUCUAGCAAGCCUCUCAAGCCUGUCACAGCAGGCACCGGCCGGUCCUGUGACCCCUUCACCCGUGGAAACCCAAGAUAAUUUCACAUCACAUCCUGGUCACGGCAGACACCUCAAAAUACCACUGAUGCUCAUCUCCACUUGGAGAUGGCAGUGAUUAGUAGAGCCCUGGUGAAUCGGGAUUACUUAAUGUGCUCAUGAAGAAGCAUGUGUUUUUACAUCGCAUAAGGAAAAGGUCUCAUACCUUAUGUCAGUCUGACGGGCUUCCUUUGCAGUCCUGCGCAUUUUUAAAAUGCAUUUGCAGUUAUGCCUUGAGAAAGGGCCCUAGAAACUGCCCUCCGCCCUGGGAGGCUCUGCAGAAUCAGGUCAGACUCAGGUCAUGGCUUAGGCAGAUUAGCAAGGCCCUAAACUGACCUCUUAAAGAUCCCUAAUCCUGGGACAGCAGCCAGCCAGCAGGCUGAGGGCCACACAGGUCCCUGCACCCUUUCCCAGGCCCUAGCCAGGGCUGCCAUGGCCUCCCUAUUCUCUGGUCGAGUUCUGAUCCGAAACAACAGUGACCAGGACGAACUGGAUACAGAGGCAGAGCUCAGCCGCAGGCUGGACAACCGACUGGUGCUGCUGUUCUUUGGCGCUGGGUCCUGCCCCCAGUGCCAGGCCUUUGCACCGAUUCUCAGGGACUUCUUCAUUCGGCUCACCGAUGAGUUCUAUGUGCUGCGGGCAGCCCAGCUGGCCUUGGUGUAUGUGUCUCAGGACACCACAGAGGAGCAACAGGACCUGUUCCUCAAGGACAUGCCCAAGAAGUGGCUCUUCCUGCCCUUCGAGGAUGACCUGAGGAGGUGAGGUGGGA